UUCAACUCAUCACCCUGGAGAUUAUUAAGUCACAAAUUUUUAUCAAUCAUCUCAUCAAAAUCAUCAAAUAACUAUUCAUCAUGUUAAAAUUAGAUAUAAUUGUUAACCCUACAUUUUCCGAGCCACACAUAACCGCGUCUGAACCUACAACAAAGGUCGGAAAGCAAUGGAAAUGGCCCUGGAGAAUAAAUAUGCUGUCCGAGCCCCGAAUGAGGAUACRAAAAUACAUCCCACCGGUUCCUAAACCCUCCAAAGCACCUGAACCACUGGAACCUGGAAUUGAAUUCAGGAGUGAUCACCUCGCCAGACCCCCAAUCAGAUUGCUUAAUGUGAAUUUGGCGAUGUACAAGAAUCGAGGCUCAAAAUAUGCCAAAACUUUAGCCAAACUGAUUGACAAAUCUUGGGGCUCGAUCUACAACUAUUACCGCAAACAACUGAGAGACAGACGUCUUAAACGGCUGAGGCGAAAAUUGGAGAAACUUAAAGCAAAGAAACCAAAAGGCAAAUCGUUGGAAAAACUCCAAGCCAUGAAACAAGAGCAUUGGAAUCGUAUGGCCCAACCGAAGAAAAUUCCCCUCCCCGAGAAACUUCCGAAGAAAUGGAAACCUCUUGAAGACCUAAUGGCCAACAUUGAUGUCCUUGCCGCCCCCAAAGAGUACCACAUUGUGCCCCCACGAAUCUUGGGAGUGGUGAACCCCAAAGCCCUAACAUACGAAAUCACUGAAGCCAUCCAAAAGUUGUAUCACAUUCCCGAAAGACUGAAACGGCGCUCCGACGGAUUACCACUCGGCUUCGUGAAAAGGUCAGCUCUAAGGGCCAAAUGUACUGAAAGAAUUGAGAAACUGGCCCAACCUUCGUUCAGUGCAAGGGAGGCUAAGAAACACGACGAGGACAAGUAUGAUCCUUGGGUCAUUUCCCCCAACGCUUUGAAAUAUAAACCCACACCAAGAAUCCUAGAAUUGGCAAAGCCGACUGAAAGAGAAUAGUUAGGUAUUUACAAUUUAUUGAUCUAAAGUUAUGGACGCAAAAAACAUUGUAUAACAAAACAAGCAAUUAAAUUAUUUCUCGCAUGAAAA